AAAAAAAAAAGAGAGGCAGAGCAUUGUUUGUAUUUUUUGCUGUGGGGGAUUGGUUUUGAGCUUCUUGUAUCUGGAGCUAGCUUGUUCAGAAGGCCAGCCGCCUCAUCUGGGUCCCUUUAGAAUCUUGCUCUGAAGAGCCUGAGGAAGUUUAUAUUUUUUGGGUUUUGGUUGAUCUUUUGAAAGGGGUUCCGGCUCUGAGUGCUGGGUUGAAGGCCUUUUUAUUGGUUUUGGAAAGGAAGGAAAAGAUUGUGUUUUCGGUUACAUUUUCCUUCUGUCUCUUUGUUUUGUGAAAGUGUUUUUGGUGCAUUGGAAUGUGGAGGGACGCUGGAACUCCUGCUGAUUCGUUCUAUGAAAUCCGUCCUGAGUGUACUGAUGUACCCAAAACCCGCUUCAAAAUCAAGGCAGGCAAAACUUUAAGUGUAAGGAAAUGGCAGGCUGCAUUUUCUCCAGAAGGGUAUCUGGAUUUAGGCAAAACUUUAAGUCGAAUCUAUCGUGGGGGGAUCCAUCCAUUAAUUAGAGGAGAAGUUUGGGAAUUUCUACUUGGUUGUUUUGAUCCUAAGAGCACAUUUGAUGAAAGAGAGCAGAUGCGGCAACGUCGAAGAGUGGAAUAUGCUAGGUGGAAGGAAGAUUGCCGUCAAAUGUUUCCUGUUGUUGGAAGUGGUAGGUUUAUCACUGCCCCUGUAAUCAGUGAAGACGGUCAGCCCAUUCAGGAUCCCUUAGUGCUUUCACAAAUGAAUCCAGACAAGGGAGCUGAUGGUAACCGUGCUAAUGGUAUAGAACCGGUGACGGACAAGAAAGUAAUCCAGUGGAUGCUUACUCUACAUCAAAUAGGUCUUGAUGUGGUUCGCACUGACAGGACACUGGUGUUUUAUGAGAAGCAAGAACACUUAUCAAAACUUUGGGAUAUUCUAGCUGUUUAUGCCUGGAUAGAUACAGAUGUGGGCUAUUGUCAAGGAAUGAGUGAUCUUUGCUCCCCCAUGAUUAUCCUUCUUGAAGAUGAAGCAGAUGCAUUUUGGUGCUUUGAACGCUUGAUGCGCAGACUGCGAGGAAAUUUCAGAUGUACCGAUAGUUCUGUUGGGGUGGAGGCACAACUAAAUAAUCUAGCUUCAAUUACUCAAGUCAUUGAUCCAAAACUUCAUCAGCACUUAGAGACACUAGGUGGAGGCGACUAUUUAUUUGCUUUCCGGAUGCUUAUGGUUUUGUUCCGUCGAGAAUUCUCCUUUUGUGAUUCUUUAUACCUUUGGGAGAUGAUGUGGGCUCUUGAAUAUGACCCUGACUUGUUCAGUGUGUACGAAGAGUCUGAUACCGAUAGUGAAAAGGCCGAAGGAUCUAAGGGAAAAGCAAAGUCAAUACGUCAGUGUGGGAAGUAUGAGAGGGAAAAUAUGAAAAGUGGAGCAAACAAUUCAGAAGCACCGCUCCCAAUAUCUGUUUUCCUAGUUGCCAGUGUCUUGAAAGAUAAGAGCUCAAAGCUACUUACAGAAGCUCGGGGUCUGGAUGAUGUUGUUAAGGUUUGCAUUAUGAGUUUAAUUUGCAAUUCUUUUGAAGCAUUCAAUUUUAUGCUUGCAUUGAGGAUGACCUUACAUCAAUUGAGUGGAAAACAUGUUCAUAUGGGGACAGCCCGGUGAUACUUUCACCCACUUCUCAAGGACCUUUUCUAUUUUUUUUGGUGUUUCCAUAUGCCCCUGUAGUUUAGAAGCGUGCAAUGAUACACACCUGUAGU